UUGUCACAGAUGUCACCCCCACCCAUGAAAAGACAGAAGAGACUUUUGUUUGAUACCAAGAAGAUUCUUAGUGAAUCUCCAGAAGGAAAGAGUGUCACUCGGAGCAUCGAGCAAUCUGGAUUCUUGACGAAAAAAGUCAGGCAUCAACUAGUCAGGAUAUUAGUGAGCUACUUGAUUUCCCAUCAUGGAAAAAACCCUGGUGCAUUUGAAAAGAGUGCUCUGGCUGAGAGUGUGAUUGCUGCAUUCCCAAGCCUGAAAGACCCUCAAGGAAUCACAGGAUAUGAAGCCUUUUACACUAAAGGAUCCAAAGGAUGCCCUGCAGGUGGUUAUCUUGAAGAACACUUGCGUUAUGUGAGGAAAAAUAUGAUAAGGAAGGAGGAAGUUGGAGAGCAUCAAGGAAGGAAGGAGGAAGUUGGAAAGCAUCAAGGUAAUUGACCUAUUACCCCCCCCCCCAAAAAAAAAA